AUGUGGCCUAUGUUGUUAAAUAUGACACGCGACGAAUGUCGCCAGACGCUUAGGAGACUCGAAUUAGAAGCCUACUCGAAAAUGAUCAGUGUGUUAAGAGCACAGGGGGCUCUGGAAGAGAAUAGAAAAAAGUUGCUUGAGGAGCUCCGCACCGUUUUACAUAUAACCAAUGAUCGGCACAGCGCAGAGGCGCGUCGCGUGUCUAAUGACGAGUUAUUAGCAACUAUUGCAGAACAGUUAGCUGGCCCUAACACAGGAUUAGCAUGGAUCAGGGAAGGCAGGAGACGUGUCCCUCUCUUGCCCCGUGGUAUUCCACAGACUGCUUAUACAGAGAUUGCGGAUAGAGCUGCUGAUGCAGCUGCAGCUGAGAACAAAGAACUCCAAAAGAAACUUGAGAAUGAAAAACUUAUUACACCUAAAUCAAACGAGGAAGAGAUUUCAGAGGCUGAAGGUCAAACAGCCGAGGGAGCCCUUUCAACAAAUGAAGAAAUAGAUGAAUUACUAUAUCCACCUAUAGCUAUGGAAGAUGAAACAGCGAAACUAUGGGAAACUGAACUCAUUUGUCGUAAGAGAAAAGUUCCAGAAGGUGGUGCAAUUCCAGAAGACGGGACUACUCCAGUUAAAAACAUGAGGAAUAUACCUGUGAACACUAACCAGAAACACCUUAAUUUAUCACAGAUAUACUCUAAGUUUUCCCAACCAGCAUCAAGUAAACCUUCCAGUCAAUCUAAACACUCGUAUAAUCAAGUAAGCAAAGUAUCGACGAGUAAAUCAAAUCCAUCUAACAUCCCUAACAAAACUACAUCUCGAACGCAGCACAAACACAGAUCACAUAAACAAAGUACAAAGGGCGCGGCGCACACAAAGUCAAAAGCUCAAAGGAAAUCACAGGAAUUACAAAUGUCACCCAGCAAGCAUUAUAAUCCCAGCUCACAACAGUUAGAGUAUAGUGGACCACCAAACUCGUUUCAAGCUACAUACGCUCAAACAGUUUUAGGCACUAAACUCAAACCGGAUUUCGUAGACGAAACCAAACCUAAAGUGAUGUCAUCUCCAGGAAUGGUGACAGAUUCACCGACAUUACAACUGCUUACUCAACCGACUACCGUACCUCAUGAAUUGGGGGUUUCUGAUAAUGCACACCCGGAUGAUUCAAGCUCAUUACAAGCUCAAAGUAUGCCAGCGUCAAAUCAAACUGGUACCGGGAAGCCUUGCCAUCUCAUCAUCAAGAAACGUGGCGAUGUAACUUCCGAUAAAAAAGUACAAAUGUCAGAAUUUAAAAUACUACAGAAACCCUCCGACGGCGUAAAGCUUCUCUCAAAUAGACAAGUAGUUGUAGCGCCAAGCUCGGCUCAAAAAGCCUUGAACACAGGAAAACUUGUUACCACCAAAGUUAUAGGUUCUGCCUCUAAAUCUCGAACUACAAGUACGCCAGUAGUGACAGAAAAAAUGAUUGUAGUGUCUAAACCAGCAAUGGAGAACAAAAUCCUUACAAAUUCUAAAAUAAUCCUUAGCUCCUCAACCCCAACCAUGCACAAUAAAGAAAGUGUAGCAAUCAGCACAAGUAAUAUAUCAUCCAAACCCUCGGAAACUUUCACUCCUAAAGGCAUCCCUGCCACAGAUUUGAAAGUCUCUGCAAAAACUUUUGUUUUAAAUCCGAAAUCGGGACAGAAAAUGGUCGUGUUGCCCGCUAAGGGCAGAACUAAACCCAUUGGCGAGGGCCAAGUUCCUUUAUUACACUUUAAAGGGAUACCUACAGCGAUGAAAUUAGUACCUGUUAGUUCGCAAUCAAUCACGCAAGUAACAAAGUCGUGUGUUGGCACAGUAGUGUCAAAACCUGCUGUAGUUAAUACAAUACCUUCCAAUGCGAAAAUUGUAGGCGUCGAGCCAAUCAAAACGGCGAAUUUAGCCGAUAUAGUUCCGGUUAAAGGACUCGCACCUGUAUCUACUCCUAAAAUUACUAAUCCUAUUGUCCGACCAGUGAGCUCCAAAGGUAGCGUAAUAGUUGUGCAGAAAGGUAGUACGAUUGGAAAAGCACUAACUUUUACAAAGAAUGGUAAUGAUAUGUCUAAAAUAAUCAUGGGUAAAAAUGUCAAUCAACUUUUACAAGCAUCAAAACCUGAUCAAGUUGAUGCGGACAAAUGCGCUGGAAAUGUAAUAGUGUUAGAACUAAACAACGAACAGACAGGACGCACAACAACAAUGUCAGAGAUAUUAGAUAGUCGCGGCGCGAAUAUACCACGUGCAACAGAACUCAAAAAUAUAUCUCAUCAAGAAAUCACACAAGACACACCAGUACUUUUCGAAAGUCCAUUAACAGAAGAGACAUGUACUCCGAACAGUUUAGACUCCACGGCUGAAAGUAUAGGCGAUAUGGUACCGCUUGUAGAAAGUGACCUAACGGUGAUGCAUAAAGAGAGUAAAACUUUCGAAAAAAGCACAGAAGGCAUCAAAGAUUCAUCAAGUGUCACAGACUGGGAGAUGGAAUUGGAAACCGUCUCGAGAAAAGAUAAAGAUGAGGACGACAAACUAAACUCCUUGCAUUUAGAUCUUGGCAUGUCCAGUGACAGCGAAAGUGAGUACAGUGUGGACACUCACAAAUCGAAAAGCAAAAGUUCCGCCCAGGAAAGUAUACAACGGGCGACACCUAGCGGGGAUCGCAACGAAAUGUACAUCGGGGCGGGUGCACUGUCCCUUACAACGAGGACAUUACUAAGUCAAUUGCAGGAUGAGGGUUCUUCGAGCAACGACUCAUCCUUCGCGCUCAGGUCGAAAAUGUCCGAAAAGUUAAAAGAGUGCGACAUCAAACUCGACAAAUCUGAGUCUGAGGCAUUAACAAAGGCGAAGGCGAAGCUCUCGGAAAAAGUAGCAGAAGCGAAGUCGCAGCAGAAGCGUAUAGAUAUAUACAGCACAGCUAUUACACCAUCAGAAAUAAAUUUGGACGCGUUUUCUUAUUUAGAUGAAGGUAUGUUGGUGGGCGACGAUGUGUUCUCGUCUAACAAACGUGAGGGCCGACGGACUGACGUGCUUGACGACCAACUCAGUCGGUUAUUAUGUGAGGACUCUGUUAAUUCUACAGACUCACAAACUGUAAGUGAAAGUUUGCCUUUAAAUAAACAAUGA